AUGGAAAGUACAUUUGAGAAAAGAUGUCAGAAUGUUGAACCGCCCAAUGAGUUAUCAUUUAUGACAGCCAGCAUUUCAACUGUUUUCAUGGUUACCAAUAUCCCUGGCAAUAUUCUUAUUUUCUUGGCUGUUGUUCUUGAUCCUAACAAAAACUUACGAAUUCCAUUUAACUGGUUAAUCGUUAAUUUAUCAGCGGCUGAUUUCAUAGUUGGUAUCAUCACUGAACCUCUCUCGGUGUAUUAUCAUAUUAAAGAGGGUCUUGACAGCCAAGGUUCUGAAGAAAUUAUUGUUAUUCACAUGGCUUACUUCAUCUCAUGCACUGCUUCGAUCUUCAGUCUUACAAGUUUGGCAGUUGAACGAUAUCUAGCUGUGCGAAAACCAAAUACCUACCGAAAUAAAGUGACUAAUCAACGAAUCCUAGUAACAAUUGUAACGAUUUGGUUGAUUUCGUUAAGUUUACCCAACAUUUAUUUCAGUGUUGGUUUCACUGAAUACGCAUUCAUAUUUGCAAACACCUCCCUUUUCGUUGCUGUUAUUAUGAUUUGUUUAACGUACGCUUUAAUGAAGAGAAAGCUGAGAUGCCGUGAUUCAACAAAGGAAAAUUAUGAAAUGUCACCGAAUGAAGGCCAGUCUUCUGUCAGUGUGAAUUGCAUGGUGACAAAAAAGCAACUGCUGGAAGCCAAAAUCACCGAAAUGUUUCUGAUCGUUCUUAUUGCUCUCCUGUGCUGUUAUGGUCCUUCAACAGUUAUGAUAUACUUAGUAAAUUUCUGUGAAGAUUGCAGUUGCACAACCCUUCACUGGUUCCGUGACAUCCAUAUUUUGUUUGCUUUGAUGAAUUCAUCUGUUAACUUUUUCUGCUAUGCUUUAAGAUCUUCCAGAUUCAGAAGUGCUUUUGUUAAAUUGUUUCGGAUGAAUUAUUGA